ACUUCUGGUCACGUGACACAAAUGUUGACAACUAUCACUGUGCACAGUAGUGUCAUGAAACACCCAUUUAACGACUUAAACAGCGCUUGUUCGUCUUCAUGAAGAGAGUGUGGCUCUUUAACGGAGCUUUAGACCACAUGUUGGCUUGGAUGUCACAACGCAGAAAGAGUCACAACAGCUCGUUGCCAGCGCUGGCCAAGUAUGGCUCGUACUUCUGGUGGCCUGUCGUCGCUUGUCAACAGCCUGGCAACACUCCUCCGAAAUGAUGGUGACUUAGUGCUUGGGGGCAGCAGCACACUGACUCUGUCAGCGGCCAGCUUGCAGCAGCUGAACCAGCUGUUUGAGCAACAUUUGCUGUCCAGGAACCAGCAGCACAGCUUCAUGGCACUGCCUUCCCACCCUGCUGACACAGCCUCCCUGCUGCAGCUACAGUUCCUCUUUGACAUUCUGCAGAAGACAAUCUCCUUCAAGCUUAUCAACCCACCAAGCACGAGGCUUCAGUCUGUGGUGAAACUUUUCCCUUUCAAGUCUUUAAAGUUUUUGGAGCUGAAGCACAUUCCGCCACACUGUCUUGAGGGACUCAGAGGAGUUUACUCCCAGUUGGAGGUCUUCAUCUGCUCGAAGAGCCUCAGCUCCCUGGAGGAGCUGCUCUCUCUGUGUGGAGGUGACCUCAGCUCUGCGCUGCCAUGGCUGGAGCUGCACACCCUCAACUUCAGCUACAAUUACAUCGUCUGCCUUGAUCAGUCCCUAAGUCUCUUGAAUGUCCUCAAGUCUUUGGAUUUAAGCCACAACAAGAUUCAGGACUGUUCUGAAUUUCUAAAGCCUUUGAGUGAACUGGAACGCCUGAAUCUGGGCUACAACUGCCUGCAGAGGGCGCCAACACUUAGCCUAAGCGCCAGAGUUAAACUGCUCAUGCUCAUCCUCAGGAACAAUGAACUAGAGACUAUUAAUGGUGUGGAGCAAUUGGCAUCACUCCAGCACUUGGACCUGGCUUAUAAUCUUCUGCUGGAGCAUUCACAGCUGGCUCCGCUCUCUUUGCUUCAUUGCCUUAACACACUGAACCUGGAGGGCAACCCACUGUUCUUCCAGAAGACCCACCGCACAGCCACUGUCCACCACCUUUCCCCAAAGGCUGUCAGCCUCAGAUUUAAACUCGAUGGCGUCCAGCUUUCCUCCUCUGAGUUAUCUAUUCUGCAGAAUGGAAGACGUGUUGUCCACGUGCAGCCAUCUCCUCUUACGCUCUCAGUGUCAGAGCGCAGUCACCCAGAUGUGUCGAGUGGAGCUGGGGAGCUCAGUGACAGCAUGUCAGUCGGGGAGGUGGGAGUUCCUCGCGGUCGCAGGAAGAAGUCCAGGAGCAAGGUGAAAGUGCGUCGAGCGAGUAUCUCUGAGCCCAGUGAUACAGACAACCACGCCAGGGCAGUGUCUUCAUCACAGGGUGGGUUAUAUUUCAUUGGCCUCCCACACCAAGAGGAGAUUGAGCGCAUGUCCAGCUUCAGAGAUCAGCUUGGAGAAGACUGGCUCCAGUACCAGCAUCACCUAGACGCAGCACCGCCCACUGCCAUUGCUUCCCACGGGCCACAAAACCUCACUGACAGCCUUGUGACACCUCGGGAUCCAUCCCCGGAGGUCCUUCCUCCGCCGCUUCUCUCAUCCGAGACAGGAAUGCAUGAGCUGGACACAGAGCAAGAGACAGAGUCCACUUUACAGUGGCCGAGUCAGAGCCCUCGGCAUACAGAGUCCACGUUAGAAGAGAUGGUGACGGAUGGUCAGGUAGAAGGCCUGGACUCAGCGAGAGCGGAGAGUGGGGAUACCAGGGAGGAAGAAGAUGAUGAACAUCUGGGAGUGGACCAGUGUCUGCCGCUUCUUGUGGGUGUCUUAUUUGACAACGAAGAGGCCAAUGAAGGCCAGGAAGAGGAGAUGAGGAGUAGGGAGGUCUUUCUGCGUGUCAAACAGGGCCAUCUGCUGGAAGUGGAUGUGCAGUCCGGCCAGGAGAGAUGUCGCCUGGAGCUGGACUGUCUGACCCGUGUGGACGCCACAACAGCAACUUGGACUGAUGGGGUGACAGAAUCUACCUUUCCAGCAGUGGAGAUCCAGUUUGACUCCAUCAAGGAGGAGAAAAGGCGGAGACGUUAUGUGCUUCUGGAUGACGACCCACAGCAGGCACUGCAGGAUCUCAGUGGAUUGCUGUCGCUUGUGGCGGAGGCCAAUCGCAGCCGAGGCACGGAGCUCGUCCCCAGCUGUGUUCAUCUGCAAUGCCUUCGUUGUGGGUCAGAGUUCACAGAGCCUGGAGGUGAAACAGGGAGGAGGACGGGGCUUACGAUGCCGCCAGAGGGAGUAGACGUGCAGGAAGUCAAGGAGUUGAUGGAAUGUGACAUGGGCGGCGAAGGAAACUCUCAUCGCUGUCGGGAAUGUGGAAGCGAUCAUGUGGUCCAACGAGUGGGCCAGUCAUUUCCUUACAGCAGUACACCAAUCCAACACCCAACAAGGGCAGGCAGUGAAGAAGACAAUAAGGCGGAUGCUCGUAUUAGCAGCAGUCCUGCUGCAGAAGAACCUGCCGCUAUGAAGGACACCGCUUUUUUCACCGCGCAGGGGAGCUCCUUCUUCGCUGAGGAAGUCGGGGCCGACCCCUGCUGCCUCUCCUACCAUGGUGACACUCAAAGCAAGGAGGAUCUGGCUGGGAGCUACUGCUAUGCCGCCAUCUCUUCAACGCCACCUGGGAUCCAGCCCGCAGGACGAACCAACUCAGCCGAUGACUUGGACCUGCUAACUGAGGCUUUUGAAGCAGUGGAUCAUCGGCUGAAACUUUUCUUAGAUGUGGAUGUCUUCGAAGAGGAGGAGGAGCUAACUUGUUUCCUAAAGACAUCGGCUGUGAGAUUCGGGGAACCAGAGGAGUUUCCGUCUCUGGUGGCAGUGUCGGACAAGAGAAUCUAUGUUCUUGAAGUGACAUCAGCAGACAGCAAAGGGCAGCUGUCUGAUUGGCUCCAGAAGCGUGACUGCCACCCAAUCAUAGAGCUCAGCUACCUGGAGGUGGGCCUUGGCUCUCAGAGCAUCCACAUGGCAUUUGACGGUGGUGGAAUAGAGAGCGUGGCCUACACCCUCCUGGUUCGGGACAGUGUACGCUGCAAACGCUUUUUUGGCCUGCUGACAGGAAUCGUGCGUGAGAUGGCGCACAAGUCAGACAGCAAACUGAGGUCCAUCUCGACCACCAGACUCAACCCUCAGCACCAUCUCUGGCCUCUGGUGUGUGAAGACAUCCAAGCAGAUGUGGAGGACGGCCAGUUGCAGUUCUGCUAUAUUCUGGCUUUUUUGCUGCAAGACAACACCUGGGUGCCAACAACUGUGCUGGCAACUCGAGAGACUCUGUACCUGCUGAGUGAGGAUCACCAGUGGAGGAAGAGCACGAACCUGCCAACAGUCAAGGGCAACCCGGAGCCAGGCAGCGGGAGCUUCUCCAUCCUUGAGACACUACCCAUCAGCUGCGUGAGCUCCGUCCACCUGUGGCCCGGCGAUCUGCAGCGGAUGGAUGUCAAGCUCUACGACGAGACUCAGAAAGAGGAGAAGACCUGGUGUGUGCGCGCGGAGAGCUCUGAGCUCCUGCAGGCUCUACUGGCGUGGGUCAGAACCCAAUGGGAGGCCAUGUUUGGCGUCAGGCUGCACACCAGCGUGCACGACACAGAGAUGUAGCAAACAACGGGAAGUCGUCUGGAUUAGCUCUCUGGAGUUGCAGUUAAAAUGAAGCAGGCCUUCUAUCCUUCAAGCUGCAUUCUGUCUCCAAGAAGCGGAUUCGGGACAUUGUGUGACAUUGUGUUGAAGUUUGUUUUUUGUUGUGGUGAAGAUACGGAAUUCCAAGCUGAUUGUAGUCGAUCAUGUUUUGGUAUCUUGCUGGUAUUUUGGGUACAAGCAUAGUGAAGCUCUGCGUCAGAGACAUGUGAAGGCAGCACUACCCAACGCCACAGUGUAAAUAUUUCUUCUUGCCACCAGCACUGCAGAUGUGUUGUGCACGUGAUUGUUUGAGACCCGGAUCACCUCCUGCUGAACCCAUACGCUCCACAUCCAGCAAACAGGCUCUGUCGCGCACAUGUUUGCAUUGCUGGCUGUAGAAACAGCUGCCCGUCUGAGGCUCGGAGGAAGAUGCAGAACCGCAGCAAGCCUUCAAACGUCAACAAAACCCAAGUCAUGGAUGUGGAAAUGAACAUUAACAGCGGAUGAGACUCCUCUUGUGAAAGUUCUGCUUUGCACCAUAGUAGUGCACAUCUCCGUAAGGGAGCAGGAAGGAUUUUCUUAACCUCAGGUCCCCCCACCACUCCUCGAAUCCAAAGGGGUGAUAUUGGAUUAUGCCAGGGGUAUCCAUUUUUUUAAAUUGGCCUUUGGCAUACUCUAAAAGUAAAAUAAAUUCCUUGUUAUUGAGUAAUAUUAUUCCAUUUUACUGUACAUUAAUUUGCAGACCUUUCCAGUGGUAUGCCAUCAGGGCCAGCAAAGCCGUCACUGGUGGCCCAAACACUUAUCAGAAACACUGAGCUACGAAUGCAAGCAAAAUUCUUGUAAUUGUUUGAUGAAUGUGUAUUAAUUUAAUCCCAGCGUCCUGUACGUGAAUGUUUGAUUUUGUGCAAUUAGAUUUCAGCUUCUCUGUUGUGUUGUCAUGUCAGUCUUGUCAGUGUUGUCAUGCCAGGGCCUUCAGAGCCAUGAGUGCUGGGCCGAUGUCACCUAAAGUCCAUGAGCAAUGGGGCUAUUUAUUUAACCAAUCAGAUUUAAAAUUUGCCAUAAGGAGCCAGUUCAGUGACUCACAAUAACAACAGCGUUUGUCCUCUGAUUGGUUGAUCAGAGCAAAACUAAUGUUCAGGCAGACUUUCUAGACAUCAUGAGGAGAGGUCAGCCAACCACGAAGCUCGGGAAAGAUUUUGUCGCCACUUCUAGACCAACGAUUAUGAGCACCACAACUGUCUGGCCUGUAAGGAGCACAUUCUGACCCCGGCACAAGGGGGUCACGACGGACUGGAUGGACUCGGACUGAAGGCAGCCUGACUCGCUAAUUAGGAAAAGCUGGUGGACCAAUUAAGCGCUUGGAGCGACGACGCGCGGUUGGGAGCGCACAAG